AAAACAUCAUUGGUUUUCAAUUCUGGCUUGAAUGGAUACACAACCUCUCAGGCACAUACAAUAGAUCUAGAAAAUUACUUAGUAGCUCAGAACAAUGGCGGAUGGAGAAACCAAACGGGGAUCGGGGCUGGAUCCGCCUCUUUUUGUGACAUGUGACAUGGACCAGUUCCGGGACCCAGACAAGAAACGUGCAGCUGUCGAUGCCUGUGAAGAGCUGGAAAAAUUGGAUGCCCAAGACGAGAUCAGUGUGUCCAGUAUAAUCUCAGCCCUGCUGCGACCCAUCGAGCCUUCGGAUGAUCAAUAUAAGCAGUGUGACUGGGGCAUAGAUCCCAAGCAGUUUCUGCCCGUCAAGCAGGCCAUUAUCUUCAAGGAACAACUGUUCGUGUCCCGGCUACGGAACACCAACUGCAAGCUUAACGAGGACCUGAAGAUCUUCUUUGAACGGGAACUGGAGCAGAUCGGACGCUUUUGCCUGAACGUGGAGGAGGCCUUCGAUGGCUACGUGGUGUUCUGCAGCAGCAAAAUGAAGAAGGGACGUGGCGUUGUGGAGUGUGGCCACCAGCUGAAGGGCAAGUACGAUGAUAAGUUCCUGCUAAUUUGUGAAAAGCGCUCAGAGUUCGAUCGGAUUGACAACACGCGGGUGGAGAAGAUACUGGAGGUGCGAAACCACGCCGAUCUCCUGCUCACAGCCAUCCGGGAGACGCGGAUCAACGAGGAGGUUCAGCGCUUCAAGGCGCGCAUUGACAUCAAGGACCGUGAUCACGUUUUCGUCCUGGACGGAGGCAUUAUGCUCCUAAUGCGUCACCUGGUGUGCAACAACUUUGUCGGAAACUUUGAGUAUUACACAAUGAACUUGUACGGCCGCGUCUUGCGCUGCAAUCUGGUGGUACACAAAGAGCGCAAGGUGGUGCGCAUCUUCUAUCGCACCUACAAGAACGUGGUGCACAUCCUCACCCAGCAGUGCUUCAACGACGAGUUGCAGGAUGUGGCGGAGACCUUCAUGACGCCAGAGGGUCGAAUCGUGAUCCACUAUUGGCGCGGCUACAACUACCUGCUCCAUGCCGCCUGCAUGCCACCGAAGCGCAAGGAGACGAUCCUUCCCAAGCUGGAGCUUAUGUGGCGCCAGAAUGUCCAGCUGAACCGCAAGUUCCAGGAACAGAAGGCUCUCAAUUACGAAAAUGCCACCAAGUACUUGGACGGCAAUACCCAGCUGGCCGACUUCAUGCAGGACUAUGUUCUUAAUGUGCUUCGGUACAAGCCCUCCAAUGUCCUUGAGUUCUCUAUCAUGUUCUUUCAAAAUAUGGCCAAAGGCAAUUAGACCAUGGCUAUUAUCAAUGAACUACUGAUCUUGUAAAUUUUAAGUCAUUAAUUGGAAAUAUGAAUA